AUGACAGCCCGUCUGGCAGGAAACAAUACCUUGGAUGUGUUCCAGAAGCAUCGAGAAAAGGAACUGGAGGAAAGACAGCAAAUCUACUGCUGGGCCACCUGGAAGGAAGGGUUACCCCUGACAAUAGCUGCAGACAGUAUAGAUGAUCUGCCUCCAAAUAUGAGAUUCCAUGAGCAGAAGAGGCUUCACUAUGAAUGGACAGUGAUUACAGGGCUUAUGGUGAUGGUCCUCAAAUAUGUUUACACCCUCCCAAGCCCAUGGAAACACCUGAAAGAUUUUGAUCAGAUCUUCUGGGGACAAAAGAUUGCCCUGGCUGAGAAGGUUCACCAGCGCUGGCAGGAUGAUGAGCUUUUUGGCUACCAGUUCCUCAAUGGCACCAACCCCAUGCUGUUGAGACGCUCCACCUCUCUGCCCCCCAGGCUGGUGCUGCCUUCAGGGAUGGAGGACCUUUGGGCCCAGCUAGAGAAAGAACUCCAGAAUGGUUCCCUGUUUGAGGCUGACUUCAUCCUACUGGAUGGAAUUCUAGCCAAUGAGAUACAAGGAGAGAAGCAGUACCUGACUGCCCCCCUUGUCAUGCUGAAGAUGGAGCCCAGUGGGAAGCUGCUACCCAUGGUCAUCCAGAUCCAGCCUCCCAGUCCCAGCUGCCCCAGCCCACCACUGUUCCUGCCCUCAGAUCCUCCACUUGCCUGGCUCCUGGCAAAGAUGUGGGUCCGAAGUACAGAUUUCCAUGUUCAUGAGCCCCAGUAUCACUUGCUAAACACUCAUCUGGUGGGUGAGGUCAUCGCUGUGGCCACCAUGAGGUGCCUCCCAGGACUGCACCCUGUCUUCAAGAGUCUGCUGUAG